AUGUUAAAUUCAUUUGGUACCGAUGAUAAUUUUUCUUCCCUAUCAUCAACAUCUGAUCAUAUAUUUUCACAUUAUCGGGAAAAAGAUGACGCAUCUUAUACUUCUCAAUAUCCAUUACCACAAACAACAACAUCAAAUAAUACUACAGAAAAUAAAAUAAACAAUAAUGAUCAUAAUAAAAUCUCUUCACCUACUAUUAUUAUUGGUGAACCAUUUUCAGCUCUUAUUAAUUCACUUGUUCCAGCACCACAAUUAUUAUUAAAUGAUACAGAUGAACAAACAAUCUAUGAUGAAUAUGGUUUUCGUAUUGAUAUUAAUGAAAAUGAACAACAAUAUGAAAUCGUACCAAUUAAUGAAAAUGAACAAAUUAAACUACGAUGGCUAACACAUCUUGACUCAGCAUAUAAAAUAGAUGUUAUUCAUUUACCUAUUCAAGAACAAGAAUUUGUUCAUAAAAUAAAUCCAAAACAAUUUCGACAAGAUCCAAAAAUUGCUACACUAUUACAACAAUCAUGUGGUAUUCCAUUAGCAUUACGAGCACAAAUAUGGAUGUGUCUUAGUGGAUCAUUACGCAAAAAAUAUCAAGCAAAAAUGUCUUAUAUUGAUAUGCUUAAACAAUGUAAUAAUGAUGCUCAACUUUAUUCGAAACAAAUUGAAAAAGAUCUUCUAAGAACAUUACCAACAAAUGCAUGUUUUAUGUCACUGAAUGCAUCCGGUAUAUCACGAUUAAGACGUGUUCUAAGAGCUAUUGCUUGGCUGUUUCCAGAUGUUGGUUAUUGUCAAGGUAUGGGUAUGAUUUGUGCAUCAUUAUUAUUAUUAUUUGAAGAAGAAGAUACAUUUUGGAUGAUGUGUACAAUAGUUGAAGAUCUCUUACCUGGUCAGUAUUAUUCCGUAUCAUUAUACGGUGCUCAAGUUGAUAUUCGUGUAUUUCGUUAUUUAAUUGAACAGCAUCUACCAAAUAUUCAUAAUGUAUUAAAUAUAUAUGAUAUUGAAUUGGUUUUAACAUGUUUCCAAUGGUUUUUAACUUUAUAUUCCAAUGUAUUUCACAUUAAAUUUACUUUUCGUUUAUGGGAUUAUUUUUUUCUUUAUGGUUCAGUCAUAUUAUUCCAACUAGGUUUAACUAUGUUCAAAAAAUAUGAAAAAACAUUUUUAGAAUUUACAAAUAGUACACAAAUAUUCAAUUUUAUUUGUGAAUUACCACAAUUAUUUGAAUAUGAAUAUGGUACUAAUGAAGAAAUAUUUCAUGAAUUACCGAAUCUAUUCAACUUAACAUCAGAAACAAUUGAUUCAUAUAGAAAAAAAUAUCUAUUAGAAUUAAUGUCACAAGAAGGUUAUACAAUUAAUCCUAAAAUACCAUUAGUUAAUUUACCAAAAGAUAUUUUACAACGACGUUAUAAUCAUAAAUUAAAUCCACGACGCGCAUCAAAUAAUUCUCAAGCACUUAUUGAACGUAAUAUAACACAAACAGAAAUUCUUGUUAAUUUACGUGAAGCAAUACUUAACAUAGCCAAACAUUUUAAAGAUAAUGAUCCCGAUGGUUAUAUGGAACAAAAUACUAAUUUAGAUGUUGAUUAUUCAAUUGAAUCUCAUGUAAAAGAUCAUGAACAUUAUGCAAAUAUUUCCUUACAAAAAUUUAAACGCGCAAAAGCGUUAAUAGAUUUUGAUACUCAUGAUCCAAAUGAAUUGAGUUUUAAGCGUAAUGAUAUUUUGAAAAUUUUAUCUAUGACUGACGAACAUUGUUGGAUUGGAGAAUUAAAUGGAAAACAUGGAUGGUUUCCAGCUAAAUUCGUUCAAUUAGUUGAUGAAAGAUCAAAAUUAUAUUCAUUAGCUGGUGAUGAUAGUGUUAAUGAUUUUAUAUCUGAUCUUGUCAGAGGAAAAUUAGCUACUUGUAUUAAAGCAAUAUUUGAACAUGGAUUAAGAAAAACACCAACUGUACUUGGUGGUAUAUGUCAUCCAUGGUUAUUUGUUGAAGAAGCCGCAUUACAUGCAAUAAAUAAAGAUUUCGAUAGUGUUUAUGCUCGUCUUAUACUUUGUAAGACAUAUCGCUUGGACGAAGAUGGUCGAAUUUUAACACCCGAAGAACUUUUAUGUCGUUGUAUACGUUCAAUUAAUUAUACACAUAAUCUAGCUCAUACACAAAUGGAUGUUAAAUUACGUUCGUUUAUAUGUGUUGGUCUUAAUGAACAAGUUCUUCAUUUAUGGUUAGAAACAUUAUGUUCAUGUACAGAUAUUAUUAAUAAAUGGUAUUUUCCUUGGUCAUUCUUACGAUCACCUUGUUGGGUUCAAAUUAAAUGUGAUCUUCGAGUAUUACAACAAUUUUCUUUUACAUUACAGCAAGAUUUUGAAUUAUCCCCAGCAUAUAGACAACGUGAUGUUUUAUCAAGUGUACGAGAUAUGCUUAUGAAACAUCAUCUAUUUAGUUGGGAUCUUUAA